AGAGAGAGAGUAAAAACUGAGCUUCAUCGGCUGGACUUCAGCAGUUUGAUCUCGAUGAAGCAGAAGUCAGUCGUCUCCUCUCGUUUGGAGGGAUUUAAUUCAGACAGAAAAACCAAACAGAUUUUCACCAAAUUCAUCCGAGAACCUCCAACACCUUCUCCAUUCUCUGCUGGUCCACGCUGACCUCAAGAUGGAGAACCUCUAGAGCCUCCAAAGCUGAUUCUGGAGUCAGAGCACAGGGGUUCCAGAAAGAGCUCUGGAACCAGAUAAGGUUCUGGAACUUGUGUAGGAAUACAUUCAGUAAAAGGAGCAGGUUCUAAACUGGGUUUUAAAGCUGCUUUAACUUCUCAAAAUACUGCAGGUUCCAAAGUUUGCUCUAGACUUACGGUGGGUUCAGGAACAGUCACCAGGAUGGUUUCUGGGGACACAAAAGUGGAUUCAGCAGAGGGUUCUGGAAUCAAAGUGGGUUCUAGAAAUUCCUUCAUGUCCAAGAUGUUUACUGUGCUGCUGGCUGUCUGGUUUUUGGUGUUUGUCCAUCCGGUUGGUUGCCACAGAAACUCAUCUGAGACGUCAGAUCUGAUGAUGUCAAAUCUGGCUGAUUUCCAAGGCACUGACCCACCUCCUGAGCCGGGGCCGGAUCAUCUCAUCCAGACCUCAGACAGAGAGCCACAUCUGGCGCAAGAGACGGUGAACAAGGCCCCAUCCUCACUGGAAAAAGCAAAGUCAAAACGUGUGAGCAAACUGGAACUCAAACAUGAAAGAAAGCCUCCGCCUCAAUCAUUCCCCUCCAACUCCUCCGUGGUGGUUCAUACGCGCCCGGUGUCGCCCCCGAGCUGCCUGCAGGGCACAUCAAUAAAAAAAGCCUUCAAGUACAUCAACACGGUGCUGUCUUGUCUUAUAUUUGCUGUGGGAAUCAUUGGAAAUGCCACCCUGCUCAGGAUUAUCUACCAAAAUAAAAGCAUGAGGAAUGGACCCAAUGCUCUGAUAGCCAGUCUGGCCCUGGGAGACCUGAUAUACAUCGCCAUUGACAUACCAAUCAACGUCUACAAGCUCCUGGCGAUGCGGUGGCCGUUUGCAGACAGUGUGUUUGGUCUGUUCCUCUGCAAGCUGUUUCCCUUCCUGCAGAAAGCUUCAGCCGGCAUCACCGUCCUCAACCUGUGCGCUCUGAGCGUGGACAGGUAUCGUGCGGUGGCGACCUGGUCACGGGUGCAGGGCACAGGUGUUCCCACGGUGAAAGCGGUGGAGAUCGUGGUGAUCUGGCUGCUGUCCAUGCUGCUGGCCGUGCCGGAGGCCAUCGGCUUCGACAUGGUCACCUUCGACUACAAGAACGUUACCAUGACAACCUGCAUGCUGCAGCCCAAAACGCCCUUCAUGACUUUCUACCGGGAUGCGAAGGACUGGUGGCUGUUUGGCUUCUACUUCUGCGUUCCUCUCACCUGUUCCGCUGUUUUCUACCGCCUGAUGACCUGGGAGAUGCUCAGACACCAGAAGGGAAGUCUGAGGAUCGCGCUGAGCGAACACCUGAAACAGCGCAGAGAAGUAGCUAAAGCCGUGUUCUGCCUGGUGUUGAUCUUUGCUCUGUGCUGGUUUCCACUUCAUCUGAGUCGCCUGCUGAAGAGGACCGUCUACAAAUCCCACGAUGCACACCGCUGCGAACUGCUCAACUUCCUGUUGAUGCUCGACUACUUCAGCAUCAACAUGGCAACCAUCAACUCCUGCAUCAAUCCCAUAAUCCUCUACUUUGUCUCCAAGAAGUUCAAGAACUGCUUCAAGUCCUGUCUGUGUUGUUGGUGUUAUUCUGGCUCUCUCUCCAACAGUAUGCUGCCUCUGCACCAUGGGACGAGCCAGCAGUACAAACACAGUGACCACUGAGAGAGAGAGAGAGAGUCCACGUCUUCAUCUUCAUCAGCCAAUCAGCCGGCCUGAACACAGACAUCAAACAGCCACACUGAGCAGCACUGCGGUGACACUCUGUGAUAACAGAUGACCACCACAUCCAUCCUCUGAUGUUUAGUUUUUACCUUUUCAUACUGUAUUUAUUCAGUUAUAAAUAUUAUAUUCUAUUACAGACUGAUUAUUGUAUGGUGAUAUAUUAAAUACUAUAUGGACAAAAGUAUGCGGACAAACACUUUCUUGUUCUUGUGGUUUGGGGCUGUUUUACAGUGAAGUGAAGUCUUAAUUCUGCAGCUCACAAUGGCUUGUGCACAAUAGUGUAGUUUCACCUUUUGGGCAACAGUUUCCUGUUUCAACAUGACAGUUUUAUUUAGAUUAUUAUCAUUAAACUUUUAUUUAACCAGGUAACUCUCAUCAUCACAAAGUAGCAGUAUGACAGUGUUGUCAUAAACCAAAACAUGCAGCAUCAUCUUACAGAACAGAGUUUCAAACCCCACGCAGAGGCCCUCAUGCACGAGGCGGCUCCAUGACGAAAUGUUUUUCCCCAGUUUAGUGUGUUUGAACCUGAUUGACCUCAACUCCAUCCAUCACCUCUGGGAUGGCUUGGACCGGACUAUGAGCCAGACCUCAUCAUCAAACAUCAGUGUUGAACCUCACUGAUGCUCUUGUUGCUGAAUGGGAGCCAAUCCCUACAGCAGGUUCAACAUCUGGUGGAAAGCCUGACACCGGAAGCGUGGAGGCUGUUAACGCAGCAGAUUAACUAAUAUACAUGUAUACAUAUAAAGUACAUGUAAUGUUUGGGUGUCCACUUACUUUAGGCCAUGCAGUGUAUUUAUUAGUGUGUUUUAUAUGUAGAAUACUCCAGUGCAGCUCCAGCUGUAAAGAAACAAGUCUAAAGCCUGAAAGUGCACUAGCAGCCCCUAGAGGCAGAAGUCUUCAUUACAUCCCACAAUAUGAAACUGCAGACAGAGUGAACAACAUAUCAUACAACAGGUCAUUUUUCUGUCUGUUCAGCUUUUGACUGAAUAUUUCCUAAUGAUGGUGCUAUUGUCAGGGAGUCACCAUCAACAAUAGAACUCAUCAUAUCUGAGCAUCAGGAAGUGGAGGGAACUAAUGGUCUGACAUCACAGAUCGCUCUGAAUUAUUCAUUUGUUUUUAUUUUUGUAGUUAUACAUUUGUAUUUAUCAAUAAAACUUCAUUCUCAAAGGUC